AUGGCUGCCGGUUUUUCAACUGGUAGAGCUGGAGCUGGUGCUUAUUCCAAAUAUUUCUGCCUUAGAGAACCUCUUGACACUUGGGCAGAUAAUUUUGAUGGAGACAUGUUUGCAAUCCUUACAGCUAUUAGUGAACCAUCUGAACAAAACAUUGUUAUCUUCAUCGAUUCUCAGGCUGCGAUUCAAACCAUUUUUGAAUGUAAUUUAUACCCCCCUGAACUUGAAUCUGAGUGUAAACAACGCAUCGACUCUUUUCUUUGUUCUGGAAGAGAGGUAGUCCUCCAGUGGAUCUCUGGCCAUUGUGGCAUCUACGAAAAUGAACGGGCUGACAUGUUGGCUAGAGAGGCUUCAGCAUUGCAUCCACCUUCUCAUCCAGUUCCUCUUAGAAAUGCAAGGCGGCUUAAGAGCAAAUUCAGACACAGGACAAUAUCUGCUCUUAGGGACUUAGCUGAUGGAAAAUCUUGGGCUAGAUUUCUUGAUGGCCAGCAGCGCUCUCAUCUUUCCCUUCUUCCCAGGGCAGAGGGAGUUGCUUGUCUUAGAAUUAUUACUGGACAUGACUACUUGCAGGCCCAUCUAUUUAAAAUUACCCUGGUCAAUUCACUUCUUUGUGUGCUCUGUAACACUUCGCCUAUGACUGGGGAGCAUCUAUUUGAUUGCCCCUCUCUUCUUGACAUUCGUUCCUGUGACGACUUUCGUGCCCCCACAUCUUAUGGAGCUACUUCACUAUGA